GUCGCCGGGUUGAGUCCCAGCCAUAGCGCCUGCAUUUACGAUGGAGGUGAAAAUGCAGUAGGAUCAUGCGCUCAACCUUUGGUGCUCGUUAAAAACCGCCAGGUGGUCAAAAUUUCCGGGGAGGGUCGGGAAAUAAUCAGCAUAGAUGUGCUCUACGGACAUGUUGACUGGCGUAGGGCCAAAAAGGUAAAAGGCAUAAAGAAGCUGGGCCAUGCAGAUUACAGCUCCUGGACAAACCGUAACGAUAUUGGGAUCGUAAAGGGCGAUUCCGGAGGACCACUAUUCGCCAAGAGUAGGAGUGGUACGUACGUACAACUUGGAAUAAUCUCUCACGGAAUCGGUUGUGCCCGAGAAGGUAAUCCUGGAGUCUACGCACGAGUGGAUGCAUACGCUUCGUGGCUCACCAAAGCAGUGGCCUCUGACGAAGGCUACAGGAACCUUACCGUAGACACUAUGCAGGAAAGCACUCCAACGGAAGAAGACAACAUGGGUGGCACAGAAAUUGCCGCCAUUUACAUUAUCUACGGUCACGCCGACAUAAGCCGGGCUGCCAGGGUCAAAGUUGCAAAACUUUUGCGACAUCCGCAGUAUGACGACAAAUCGUUAUUCAACGACAUCGCUGUCCUGCUGGUGGAAAAGCCAUUCCAGUAUGGACUUGAGGUCAAGCCGAUAUGCUUCCCUACGAAACCUCUGAAUGCGUACAACAAGAAUGCGGUCAUCGCUGGCUGGGGAAAACUUUCUGAGUUCGGCAACACCUCGGACUACCUGCAGUUCACGAUUGUGAAGAUACAACCAAACGAGGUUUGCGAAAAGAUCUACCUGGACUCCUACAGGAGUGACAAAACUUACUGCGCGUUCCGCAACAACACCAGCCCAUGCUUCGGUGACUCCGGCAGUCCCCUGUUCUUGCUAACUAGCAAGAAGCUCUACGUGCAAGUGGGAAUUGUGUCCCAUGGAUUUAGUUGUGAAUCGCCAGUCGUCUACGCCAAAGUAGAAAGCUUCAUAGACUGGGUGGGCAAUGCUACUCGUUCGCUCAAAGGUUACAGGGACCUGGCUCGACG